GCUCGGCCUGCCCGGCCCCCCGCGCCGCGGGGCGGGGGUGCGGCAGGCUCCGCACUGCCUCCCCGGCGGUGCCGCAGUGCCGUGCGCUGCCUCUGGGGCCGGCCAGGGGGCGCUGGCUGCCGGGAGCUGCGGCGGCCUUGGCCGCGGAGCCAGCGAGCGAGCCGGGCUGGCAGGCGGCGAGGGCGGGCGCCGGCCUCUCCAGCGCUCGCGGGGUCUGCGGGGCCCGCCCGGCAGCGAGCGGCGGCGGCGGCGGCGGAGCGCGGCGCCGGGGGAUCCCCCUCGCCAUGCAGACCCGGCGGCGCCUGCUGCCUCCCGAGGAUCAAGUAGAACACACUGAUUCAGCAGAACUGGCUGGUUGUGCUGCAGUCAUCAUGAGUAGGCACAGGGUCAUUCGUUUCUUAACAUAUGUAUAAGAGAAAAAGGUUCAGACAAGAAUCUGGUGGUCUUUCCCUGACAAAUGGAGAACUAUUUCCAAGCAGAGGCAUAUAACCUCGAUAAGGUUUUAGAUGAAUUUGAGCAAAACGAAGAUGCCGCUGUUUCACCUACACUAUUGGGUGCAAAGUGGAAUCAGAUUCUAGAUCCGCCUUCUCGUCGUCUGUCAUUUAACCCGACUGUGGCCAAUGUUAAUGAAGCUACAACUCCUAAUGAAUGUCAACAGAGAUUAAAGUCUUUCUCCUUGUCUCAUUCAGUGACCACACCAACAGGAGGAGGGGAUCACUGUGCUAAUGGAAAGGAUUUUAGCACAAGCCCAGAGACCCCAGUCAUGUGGAUUGAUGAUCAGGCAGCAGCAGACGAUCAAUUGAUUAAAAGGAAUAGUAAUCGGGAUGAUCAGUGUAACACUGUGGAAACAGGAGAAAAGAAAUGUGGAAAUACAGCUUGCUUGCCAGAGGAGAAAAAUGUACUAGUGGUGGCAGUCAUGCAUAACUGUGACAGAAGAACACUACAAAGUGGCGAUUUGCUGGAUUGUAAAAAUUACAACAGUCAGUCCCUAAUGGACACUAUUAGCUUUACACUGGAUAAUGAAAACCGACAGAGUGAUCAGUUUAGUGUUACUGUAAAUGGAUCCACGGAAAAAGAUACAGAUACAGAAAAGCAAGUAAAUAGGCUGUGCACUGAAGAUGACUCUAUAAGUAAUUUGAUUAAUGCUUCAUCUGAAAGCCUGACUGUUGCAUGCCCCUCCUCUCGAUUAAAGGAUGAUUUUAAUAUGAGUAAAGAUGCGAUGUUUUCAGAAGCUACAACUGCAGGGAUUAAUGCAGUGACUCUUUUACAGAGACCAGUUGAUGGUACCAUUAAAAUGCAAGAAAACUGUGUAUCAGUUGAAAAUUUUACUAGUAAAGCCAUUCCUCAGAGAACGGAUCUAGAAGCUAAAAAGUCGUCUUCUGGUUCAAGUAAUGGAAGCUUAGUUGUAGAACAGGAAACAACCCAACAGUUACAGUCUAGGCUACCUGGGCUCACCGAAACUUGUCAACCUAACAUGGCUGGAAGUGGCAAUUAUAAGGAACGCAUUGUAGAACAUUUUGCCCCUGAGGAUGUUAGUGCCACUGAAAGCGAAGCCAUUGAAUGUGAUAAAAAUCUUGGCACAACGGAAUUGCUCAGCAUGGCAGAGUGUUACCCUGAGUCUCAGGAGAUGACUAAUUGGGAACUGACAAAGUUGAAUGAGAUGAGUAAUAAGCAAACUCUGGGAGAGAAUGAAAGACUUUUGCAGACGAAACAGCCUGAUGAUGCAUGUAGUAAUAGUAAAGAAGGUGGAGAUGGGAUGAUGGAGGCAGGCAUACACUUAAAAGGGACUGGUAUAGAUGAGCUUGAAGGGUCCAGUCUCUCUGAUGUGAUGGCUACAUCAGCAAGCUCUCUGUCUAAUGGUUGUGAUUCCUAUGGAAUGCAGAACCCAGUUGUUACUCAUGUUCCCAAGUCUUUACCUUCCAAGGAAGACUCAGUAACAGAGGAAAAGGAGAUAGAGGAGAGCAAGUCAGAAUGUUACACUAAUGUUUAUGAACAGAGAGGAAAUGAGACCACAGAAGGGAGCGGUCUUAUUUUAAACAGCACUGGUGACCACAUAAAGAAAAAUUAUUUACAUAAUCUUUGUAGUCAGGUUUCAUCCAUGCAAGGGCAAACUUCACCAAAACCAGUGACUAAUCUGCAAUCUAUCAGUGUUCCUUUUGGUGGUGCAAGACCUAAACAACCUACAAAUCUUAAACUGCAGAUUCCGAAGCCAUUAUCGGACCACUUACAAAAUGACCUUGUUCCCCCAAAUUGUGGAGGUAAUAGUAAAAACAAAAAUGUCUUUGGUAAAACACAGUUAGGGGAUACAACAGAUGCAUUUCCUGGUGAAACAUCUUCAAAUGCCUCUGUUACUGAUACUAAUGGGGAACAUUUGGAAGAGUAUGAAUCUGGAGUCUCUACUAGUCCGUGCCUUGCAGUAGCCCCAGAUAGUCCAGAUAAUGAUCUCAGAGCUGGUCAGUUUGGAGCUCCAGCCAGAAAGCCUUUUACGACUUUGGGUGAGGUGGCUCCAGUUUGGGUUCCAGAUUCUCAAGCACCAAACUGUAUGAAAUGUGAGGCCAGAUUUACAUUCACCAAAAGAAGGCAUCAUUGCAGAGCUUGUGGGAAGGUUUUUUGCGCAGCAUGCUGUAGCCUGAAGUGCAAGUUGCUGUACAUGGAUCGAAAGGAAGCUAGAGUGUGUGUAAUCUGCCAUUCAGUACUAAUGAAUGCUCAAGCCUGGGAGAACAUGAUGAGUGCCUCAAGCCAGAGUCCUAACCCUAACAAUCCCGCUGAAUACUGUUCUACUAUCCCUCCUUUGCAGCAGGCUCAGGCCUCCGGUGCCCUGAGCUCUCCACCUCCCACUGUCAUGGUACCUGUGGGAGUUUUAAAGCAUCCUGGAGCAGAAGUGGCUCAACCUAGAGAACAAAGGCGUGUUUGGUUUGCUGAUGGGAUAUUACCCAAUGGAGAAGUUGCCGAUGCAGCAAAACUGACAGUGGCUGGGACAACUUCCACAGGAACCUUAGCAGUGUCGCAUGAUCCAUCGAAGCCCGUGACCAACAACACUUUAUCAGCAGAAACUGAUAAUGCUUCUGUAUUCUCGGGAAAUAUAACUCAGGUUGGCAGUCCUGUUGGCAGUGCAAUGAAUCUAAUUCCUGAAGAUGGUCUUCCUCCAAUUCUCAUCUCCACUGGAGUAAAAGGAGACUAUGCUGUAGAAGAGAGACCUUCUCAGAUCUCCGUCAUGCAGCAGCUGGAGGAUGGUGGCCCUGACCCUCUUGUAUUUGUUUUAAAUGCUAAUUUGUUGUCCAUGGUAAAAAUAGUAAAUUAUGUGAACAGGAAGUGCUGGUGUUUUACUACAAAAGGCAUGCAUGCAGUGGGGCAGUCAGAGAUAGUCAUUCUCUUGCAGUGUUUGCCUGAUGAGAAAUGUUUGCCUAAGGAUAUCUUUAACCAUUUUGUGCAACUUUACCGGGAUGCCUUAGCAGGUAACGUUGUUGGCAACCUGGGACACUCCUUUUUCAGCCAGAGCUUCCUUGGAAGCAAAGAACAUGGAGGGUUCUUGUACGUUGCAGCUACGUAUCAGUCCCUGCAAGACCUGGUGCUCCCAACCCCACCGUACUUGUUUGGCAUCCUCAUUCAGAAAUGGGAGACUCCCUGGGCUAAAGUGUUCCCUAUUCGGCUGAUGUUGAGACUUGGAGCUGAAUACAGACUUUAUCCAUGCCCACUUUUUAGUGUCAGAUUUCGUAAGCCUUUGUUUGGAGAGACUGGACACACGAUUAUGAACCUUCUUGCAGACUUCAGAAAUUACCAGUACACACUGCCUGUGGUCCAAGGUUUAGUGGUUGAUAUGGAAGUCAGAAAAACCAGCAUCAAAAUUCCUAGCAACAGAUAUAAUGAGAUGAUGAAAGCCAUGAACAAAUCCAACGAGCAUGUUCUAGCAGGGGGAGCGUGCUUCAAUGAGAAAGCAGACUCGCAUCUGGUGUGUGUUCAGAAUGAUGACGGGAAUUACCAGACGCAGGCCAUCAGCAUCCAUAAUCAGCCGAGGAAGGUGACUGGUGCCAGCUUCUUUGUGUUCAGUGGAGCUUUAAAAUCCUCUUCAGGCUACCUUGCCAAAUCCAGUAUAGUAGAAGACGGAGUAAUGGUCCAGAUAACUGCUGAGAACAUGGACUCUUUGAGGCAGGCCUUGAGAGAGAUGAAAGACUUCACCAUCACUUGUGGCAAAGUAGAUGCUGAAGAUCCUCAGGAACAUGUUCAUAUUCAGUGGGUAGAAGAUGAUAAAAACUUUAGUAAGGGUGUUGUAAGCCCUAUUGAUGGCAAAUCAAUGGAGUCUAUAACAAGCGUGAAGAUAUUUCACGGCUCAGAGUACAAGGCAAACGGAAAGGUCAUCCGGUGGACAGAGGUGUUUUUCCUGGAAAACGAUGAGCAACAUAAUGGUCUGAGUGACCCAGCCGACCACAGCAGAUUGACUGAAAACGUGGCAAAGGCUUUUUGUUUAGCCCUGUGUCCUCAUCUUAAAUUGUUGAAGGAAGAUGGAAUGACUAAGCUAGGUCUACGUGUUACACUUGACUCAGAUCAAGUUGGUUAUCAAGCUGGGAGUAAUGGACAGCCACUGCCCUCUCAAUACAUGAAUGACCUGGACAGUGCCUUAGUUCCAGUGAUUCAUGGAGGGGCAUGUCAGUUGAGUGAGGGGCCCGUCAUAAUGGAGCUCAUCUUUUAUAUUCUGGAAAACAUCUCAUAAGAGGACUUCAUUUUCUGUUCAGACCUGUUCAAGCAGCAGUUGUAUCUGAAUCAUUUGCACUUUAAAACUGGAAAAUUAAGCUUUUGUUAACACUAUUGGGGGGGGGGGGGGGGGGGGAGGAGGGAGGGACAGUUGUUCCAUAAUUCUAAAUCUUCUAUGCAUUGUCAACAAACAGAGGAUCAGGGCAGCUUCUAUACGACAACAUGGCUAUGCUAUCCUUGCAGCUAAUACACUUCUGUUACUGUUUAGAAAAAUGCUCAUGUUUAAAGACUUACAGUCAUGUACUCUAAAUGCUCAAACGGGUGCAAAGAUCACUGGGGCGUAAAUAAAAAGUGAAACUCCAA